AUGAACAGAGAGCUUCUUUGUCAAGUUGUGACCAAGUAAACUGUUUUGUCCCUUCAAAGCAAGAUCAACGACCACCAUCGUCAUAAAUGUUUGAUCCUUCUUCAAAAUCGUCCAACACCCAUUUGAUAUUCCCAAAAACCUUCGAUGAUCAUCCAGAUUCCGGCGUCUGUUCACCUCCUCUGUGGAAGAACAGCCCACCAAAGAGCCCUCCUCCUCCUCAUAAGCAAGCCAAUCACCAGAACCUCUCUCCAGUUUCCAAGGCUCAAGUCAUCGCUCGUGGUCAACGAGAGCUUAUGGAGAUGGUUAGCAAGAUGCCAGAGUCGUGUUACGAGCUCUCCUUGAAGGAUCUCGUUGAGGUGAACACAGAGGGAGAGAAAGAUCUGAAAGUGUUCGACGAAAUGCCUCAGAGAGCGAAGAAGACGAGUAAAGUCGUGAGGAAGUCAAAGAGCGAUAGAUGGGUUGAUCCAGGACGAAACAAGGGAGUGAAUAACAGUGGGUUUCUUCUGAAUUUAGGGUUUCCUGUUAGCUUGGGUGCUAAGAAAAAGACGAAGAAGAGGGAUGAUGAUGAUUCUUCUGUGACAAGCAGAGGCUCUUUGGUUUCUCCCAGACGUUCCAUCUCAGAGGAUAAAGAUUGGUGGAAGUCGGAAUCGAGUAGGAGUCAGAGAGGUGUCUCGAGGAUUAAUAGUGGGAGCUCAAAGAGCAGUGUUGGUGGUAGUAGUAGCAGAAGCAAUAGCGAUCGAAGCAGAAGAAGCUUAAGGGAUGAAAAGAAAGGAUGCUUAUCUUUCCUCUGGAAUAGACAUCUAUGAGACCGAAACGAGAUAUUCAUCGUCGGUUUAUACACUUCUUUGCUUAAGAAGAUUACUGAUUGCCUUAACCUGAGCUGGAUUUAGUGCGUUCUGUAAAUCCAUGGACGAAGUAAUCCAGGAAUGAUGAAGAUGGAAGCAGAUGACAUGAACAUCUUCUUCAACGUACAACCAAAUAUUCUAUCCCUUUGUUCUUCUUCUUGUAGCUAUAUAAUAUAAUUUUUGAGUUUUAUUUGUAACCCUGUGUAAUGUAUCUAUAGAGCAUAUGAUGACGAUCUUAUUAUAUGUAGAUAUAUAACCAGUGCUCAUCGAUAUAUGUAUCAAAACUUUAAGGUUUUGCUUUUCGCCUAAAACUAAAUCAAUGUCAAUCAUAUUUGCCUUCG